UGGCGAGCCGUCAGCCUGAACUGGCCGCCAGCAUGGCCGAGCGCGCGGCGCUGGAGGAGCUGGUGCGACUGCAGGGAGAGCGCGUGCGAACCCUCAAGCAGCAGAAGGCUGGCACCGACCAGAUCGAGGAGGAGGUGGCAAAACUCCUGAAGCUGAAGGCGCAGCUGGGCCCAGAUGAAGGGAAACAGAAGUUUGUGCUCAAGACCCCCAAGGGCACACGAGACUACAGUCCCCGGCAGAUGGCAGUUCGGGAGAAAGUGUUUGAAGUGAUCAUCAAAUGCUUUAAGCGCCAUGGCGCAGAAGUAAUUGACACCCCUGUAUUUGAACUAAAGGAAACACUGACUGGAAAGUAUGGUGAAGACUCUAAGCUUAUCUAUGACCUGAAGGACCAGGGUGGAGAGCUGUUGUCCCUUCGCUAUGAUCUCACUGUUCCUUUUGCUCGAUAUUUGGCAAUGAAUAAACUGACCAACAUCAAGCGCUACCACAUAGCGAAGGUAUACCGACGGGAUAACCCAGCCAUGACCCGUGGCCGAUACCGGGAAUUCUACCAGUGUGUGAGUGUUGGGAAACUGGGUAACAACAGGUCCUCCCUCAAGGCAGCAGGCUCUACUUUCUCCUCAUGGUAUUCUAAACAACCUGGAUUUGAACUUUCUGUGAAUGUGUAUGUACAUACGGAGAAAGAGUCUGUGCAGGUAGAAGGACAGAGUCCCUACCUUUUUCUUGUCAAUUUGGCCUAUGGCUCUGUCUUCUCAGGUGGGGUAUCCCUGGUGGAACAGCUGCUGCUGGACCCUAAGCUGUCCCAGAACAAGCAGGCCUUGGAAGGCCUGGGAGACCUGAAGCUGCUGUUUGAGUACCUGACCCUUUUUGGUGUUGCUAAUAGGAUCUCCUUUGACCUCAGCCUUGCUAGAGGACUGGACUACUAUACUGGGGUGAUCUAUGAAGCAGUGCUGCUACAGACCCCAGCCCGGGCAGGAGAAGAGCCCCAAGGCGUGGGCAGUGUGGCUGCUGGUGGGCGCUAUGAUGGGUUGGUUGGCAUGUUUGACCCCAAAGGGCGCAAGGUGCCCUGUGUGGGGCUCAGCAUUGGUGUGGAGCGGAUCUUCUCUAUUGUUGAGCAGAGGCUGGAGGCUUUGGAGGAGAAGGUACGAACCACAGAGACACAGGUGCUUGUGGCAUCUGCACAGAAGAAGCUGCUGGAGGAAAGACUGAAGCUUGCCUCGGAGCUGUGGGAUGCUGGCAUCAAGGCCGAGCUGCUGUACAGGAAGAACCCAAAGUUACUGAAUCAAUUGCAGUACUGUGAGGAGACAGGCAUCCCACUGGUGGCCAUCAUCGGAGAGCAGGAACUCAAGGACGGGGUCAUCAAGCUCCGUUCAGUGGCUAGCAGGGAAGAGGUGGACAUCAGAAGAGAAGACCUUGCAGAAGAAAUAAAAAAGAGAACAAGCCAGAACCUCUGCAUCUGCUGAAAUGAUCCGAACGAAUUAAGACUGGCACCGUUUGCGUCUCAGACAAAACUCUAUCUAUGCUCUUCAGCAGUUUUGCAUAUUUCUGUUCCAGCAGGAAGGGCUGAAGAAUGAUCAGAGCAGAAACGUUUUAAUAUUAUAAUUAUUUUAUUGGUAAUCACGGGCAAAAAUGGCCAGGUGCUCUGCCAUUUUUCCAAGAAGGCUCCGGGACCUAAUGCAGACUAUGCGCCUCUCAGAAGGCCCCGCCCCAGAUGGGGGGGGAUGACUUUCCAGAACCAACCGCGGAGGGCCAAUAAAACGCUGCCUCAACUA